AUGGCUGCUGCUCAGAGGUAUAUAGCAGACAUUAAUGGCUUGAUCAGCACCAAAAGCCCACACUUCAGAAUUGUUGUUCGUGUCAUGUCAAUCUGGAAGAUGUACAUGAAGUUAGAUCAGAAAGAAAUCAAGUCGCUAGAACUCAUAUUCAUUGAUGCUCAGGAAAUAGAUCCAAAAACCGGUGAAUUUGGGCUCAAUACUGCAAAGAUACCUUAUAUGGAAAUCCUUUGGAAGACACUGCUGAUAACCCCCCACCAAACAAGACAAAACCAACACAGGAUGCUGAGAGCGUCAAGAGCCACCAGAACAAGUGUGUUAGGAAGAUCUGACGAAUACAUCAUCAUGAUCGGAUUUGCUUUUGAGGAGAUUCCUUUGCCUGGUGGUUUGCUUAUAAAAGAUGAAAUAAGAUCAAAAGAUAUCUUACUAAUCAGUAACAACGAGUUCAAAGUGGAUGGAUUGGUUAAUAAGGAUUGGACACACAUGAGGCUUGGUGGUAAUAAUUGGUUUGAAUUCGUGAAAUCAAACCAUUUGCUUCUGAAUCAGGGACUCUACUUUAAUGUGAGAGAUUUAGGGAUUAUGGAUGUUUAUGUGUUUGAUAAUAAUCGUGUUAUGACCAAUAGUCCAACCCCUAAUAUGGCAUGGGAUCACAUCAGUAACAUCAAGAACCAAAUGCUAUGUUGUACAUAA